UCCAGACUAUUUUGUAUUAGUAACUGAUUUAACGAAUCGCAAACAUCAGUUAGACAUUAGACAAGAUGGAGACAGACAGCAGGAAUGACAUGCUACAUGAACAACAGUGCAAUCAGCAGCAGCAGCAAAAGCAGGAGCCCCAUGAAGAGAUCCUGACUGAUAUACAGCAGGAUACAGAGGCAGCAGAUCAGCAACAUAAUCAGCAGGGCCAGCAGUACCAAGAAGCCUACAAGGAGGUCCAGGCUGCUAUACGGCAGGAGGUGGAAGUGGCCAUGGAUCGUAUUUUCAGUCCUAUCCAUGAGCAGCUAGUGCAAAUUUGCCAACAUAUCCAUCAUUCUGCGAAUUUGAUGGGUGGCUCCAAUCAAUACUUGCCAAUGGAUAGAGCAAGUGAGGGAGAGAUGGAUUCAAAUAACUUCAUCCUACCUGCUAAGUUUCUGGAGUUUCAGGGCCAGUUGGUAGGUUUACUGUCUGAUUUAGUGAUGUGCCACAAUAAGCUUGUGGAAUGUAUCCUUGGACAAAGUCAACCUUAUUCCCAACCCUUUUCCUCUGUAGAACUUGGUGGAGGGUCUACAAAUCCGGAAGCUUCUUUUGAUGGUGAAGGAGCAGCUACUUCUCAACUGGAUGCAGGCACAGAGUCCAAAAGAAACAAAUAGUCUUUACAAGACUUUUUCUCAUCUUUAUUUCCCAAAAUUGGCAUUUUCUGAUAGCUCUUUA